CAUCCAUGUGUCCAUCCAUCCACACACACACAGACACAAUUGUCAUUUAGCUGUUCUUGUUGGCAGCUAAACACCCCCUUGCACAUCUCCUGCUCUAACGAGCAAGUUUCAGUUUUUUUGGUUUUGCUCUAGUACUUCAGGAGGAGAAGGCUUCACAAGUGCAAGAGAGACAAGAGGUUGAGUUAGGGUUUGAAGAGAUGGAGAAUGUGGUGAAGUUCAUCUUUGGAAUUUCUGGAAAUGUCAUUGCGCUCUUUCUCUUCCUAUCCCCAGUGCCUACCUUCUGGAGGAUCAUCAGAAGGAGAUCAACGGAGGACUUCUCAGGAGUACCGUACAACAUGACGCUCCUCAACUGUCUCCUAUCAGCUUGGUACGGGCUGCCGUUCGUGUCCCCGAACAACAUCCUGGUGUCGACGAUCAACGGCGCGGGCGCGGCGAUCGAGACCGUGUACGUGGUCAUCUUCCUGGUGUUCGCGUCGAGCCGGCAGACGCGGCUGCGGAUGCUGGGCCUGGCGUCGGCGGUGGCGAUGGUAUUCGCCGCCGUGGCGCUGGUGUCCAUGCUGGCGCUACAUGGAGAGAGGCGCAAGCUCCUCUGCGGCAUCGCCGCCACCGUCUGCUCCAUCUGCAUGUACGGCUCGCCGCUCUCCAUCAUGAGGCUGGUGGUGAAGACGAAGAGCGUGGAGUACAUGCCGUUCCUGCUGUCGCUGGCGGUGUUCCUGUGCGGCACGUCGUGGUUUGUCUACGGCCUGCUCGGCCGCGACCCCUUCGUCGCGAUCCCCAACGGGUGCGGGAGCUUCCUGGGCGCCGUGCAGCUCAUCCUGUACGCCAUCUACCGGAACAGCGGCGGCGGCAAGGCGGGCGCCGGCGGGCGGGGCGGCAAGCAGCACGGCGGCGUGGACGACGACGUGGAGAUGGCGGCAGCCUCCGACGCGAAGGGCAGCAACAAGGUCGCCCACGACGUCGGCGGUGCCGGCAAUGCGGACCGCCUGGUGUAGCUAGCUAAGCUAGCCACCUCGGCCGGCCGCCAUGAAAUCUGCUUGCUUGCACCGCGUGCGUGUUCGCUGCCGUUUCAAUUUUAUUCCCCCUGCUUCUCUUUUCAUGUGUGACUGUAAGUUGUCUUCCGACGGUCUUCCUCUCCGUGAUUGAGUACCUGAACGUAUAUAUACGGGAGUGCGUGUAACAUUAAUGUACUGCCAUGUAACUGGGGUUAUUGCCUUUUAUUACAUGGAACAAGUUAAUAAGACUAUUUCCUAUGGUAGUUUUAUAAGAGUUUCACCUUAAAUACAAAUACAGUGACACUUCAGCUAA